AUGAUUGGUGCCGAUCAUGUUUCCUGCCGUGCAUUCAUCAUGCAACUGAACAAACAAGCAUCACGUUGCAGCUAUAGUGAUCGCCUGGAAGAACAAAUGUGUGACCGCAUCAAUAAUCUGACUCUUCAACGAAAGUUGCUAGAGAAGAAAGAUUUAACUUUUGCUGAUGCCCGCAAGAUCUGUGAGCAACACGUCGAGCUGAUGAAAGCCACUUCCAGCGAAUCAGUCACAUUAUUCCAACGGCAGAUGACACGACCAAACCGACCUCCAUUGCCCACGAGUGUACCGAAGCCACAACACGACUCUUCAAGCAACGGGAAACGUAUUAACCCCUUCAAACAGCCCCGUUGCAGCCUUGCACAACCUGCUGCGAAUGACACAAAUCUGGUGCUCUCUCUACGAUCCGAAAGCCAAAGCACCCAAUUCUUAUACACAGAUGUGACAUUUCAUUCCGCACAAGGCACAAAUUCAUUGUUGAUACGGUAA